AUGCUGUGGGUGUGGAUUAUUGGUAAUAAUGGCAUCAUGCAACGGGUGUGGCUUAGCAAUAAUGACAUCAUGCUGCGGGUCUGGCUUAUUGGUAAUAACAGCAUCAUGCUGUGGGUGUUGCUUAUUAGUAAUAAUGGCAUCAUGCAGCGGGUCUGGCUUAUUGGUAAUAACGGCAUCAUGCUGCGGGUGUGGCUUAUUAGUAAUAAUGGCAUCAUGCUGCGGGUCUGGCUUAUUGGUAAUAAUGGCAUCAUGCUGCGGGUGUGGCUUAUUGGCAAUAAUGACAUCAUGCUGUGGGUGUGGCUUAUUGGCAAUAAUGACAUCAUGCUGUGGGUGUGGCUUAUUAGUAAAAAUGACAUCAUGCUGCGGGUCUGGCUUAUUAGUAAUAAUGGCAUCAUGCUGCGGGUGUGGCUUAUUGGUAAUAAUGGCCUCAUGCUGCGGGUCUGGCUUAUUAGUAAUAAUGGCAUCAUGCUGCGGGUGUGGCUUAUUGGUAAUAAUGGCAUAGAGCUGCGGGUCUGGCUUAUUGGUAAUAAUGGCAUCAUGCUACGGGUGUGGCUUAUUAGUAAUAAUGGCAUAGAGCUGCGGGUCUGGCUUAUUAGUAAUAAUGGCAUCAUGCUGCGGGUCUGGCUUAUUGGUAAUAAUGGCAUCAUGCUGUGGGUGUGGCUUAUUAGUAAUAAUGGCAUCAUGCUGCGGGUCUGGCUUAUUGGUAAUAAUGGCAUCAUGCUGCGGGUGUGGCUUAUUAUUAAUAAUGGCAUCAUGCUGCGGGUCUGGCUUAUUGGUAAUAAUGGCAUCAUGCUGCGGGUGUUGCUUAUUAGUAAUGGCAUUAUUCUGCGGGUGUGGCUUAUUGGUAAUAAUGACAUCAUGCUGCGGGUGUGGCUUAUUGGCAAUAAUGACAUCAUGCUGUGGGUGUGGCUUAUUGGCAAUAAUGACAUCAUGCUGUGGGUGUGGCUUAUUAGUAAUAAUGGCAUCAUGCUGCGGGUGUGGCUUAUUGGUAAUAAUGGCAUCAUGCUGUGGGUGUGGCUUAUUGGUAAUAAUGGCAUCAUGCUGCGGGUCUGGCUUAUUAGUAAUAAUGGCAUCAUGCUGCGGGUGUUGCUUAUUAGUAAUGACAUCAUGCUGCGGGUCUGGCUUAGCAAUAAUGACAUACUGCGGGUGUGGCUUAUUGGUAAUAAUGGCAUCAUGCUGCGGGUGUGGCUUACUAGCAAUAAUCACAUCAUGCUGCGGGUGUUGCUUAUUAGCAAUAAUGGCAUCAUGCUGCGGGUGUGGCUUAUUAGUAAUAAUGGCAUCAUGCUGCGGGUCUGGCUUAUUGGUAAUAAUGGCAUCAUGCUGCGGGUCUGGCUUAUUAGUAAUAAUGACAUCAUGCUGCGGGUGUGGCUUAUUGGCAAUAAUGGCAUCAUGCUGCGGGUGUGGCUUAUUAUUAAUAAUGGCAUCAUGCUGCGGGUCUGGCUUAUUGGUAAUAAUGGCAUCAUGCUGCGGGUGUUGCUUAUUAGUAAUGGCAUUAUUCUGCGGGUGUGGCUUAUUGGUAAUAAUGACAUCAUGCUGCAGGUGUGGCUUAUUGGUAAUAAUGGCCUCAUGCUGUGGGUGUUGCUUAUUAGCAAUAAUGGCAUCAUGCUGCGGGUGUGGCUUAUUAGUAAUAAUGGCAUCAUGCUGCGGGUGUGGCUUAUUGGUAAUAAUGGCAUCAUGCUGCGGGUCUGGCUUAUUGGUAAUAAUGGCAUCAUGCUGCGGGUGUGGCUUAUUAUUAAUAAUGGCAUCAUGCUGUGGGUGUGGCUUAUUAGUAAUAAUGACAUCAUGCUGUGGGUGUGGCUUAUUAGUAAUAAUGGCAUCAUGCUGCAGGUGUGGCUUAUUGGUAAUAAUGGCCUCAUGCUGUGGGUGUUGCUUAUUAGCAAUAAUGACAUGCUGCGGGUGUGGCUUAUUAGCAAUAAUGGCAUCAUGCUGCGGGUCUGGCUUAUUAGUAAUAAUGGCCUCAUGCUGCGGGUGUUGCUUAUUAGUAAUAAUGGCAUCAGGCUGCGGGUCUGGCUUAUUGGUAAUAAUGGCAUCAUGCUGCGGGUCUGGCUUAUUAGUAAUAAUGACAUCAUGCUGCGGGUGUGGCUUAUUGGCAAUAAUGGCAUCAUGCUGUGGGUGUGGCUUAUUGGCAAUAAUGACAUCAUGCUGUGGGUGUGGCUUAUUGGCAAUAAUGACAUCGUGCUGUGGGUGUGGCUUAUUAGUAAUAAUGACAUCAUGCUGCUGGCUUGUGGUGUAAUAGCUGGCAUCAUGCUGCGAUCUGGCCUAGUAUAA